UUGACCGAUAGUUUCUCUUUCUCGGCGUCUCCGCCCUCCUCUAUCAACCCCCUUCUCCUUCUCCUUCUCCUUCUUCUCUCCGAGGACAUAGAGAUCGAGAUCGAUCGAUUGGAGUAAGAGAUGGCCAAGCUCUACAUGCAGACGGUGCCGCCUCCGGAUCUCAACAAGAACACUGAGUGGUUCAUGUACCCCGGCGUCUGGACAACCUACAUCCUCAUCUUAUUUUUCUCCUGGCUUAUCGUCCUCUCCGUCUUCGGUUGUACCCCCGGCAUGGCCUGGACCCUCGUUAACCUCUUCCAUUUCUCUGUCACUUAUUACUUUUUCCAUUGGAAGAAGGGCACUCCAUUUUCUGAAGACCAGGGAAUUUACAAUAACCGGACAUGGUGGGAGCAAAUUGAUAAUGGCAAGCAGCUGACACGUAACAGGAAGUUUUUGACAGUUGUACCCUGUUGUCCUGUACUUGAUCGCCUCGCAUACAACCGAUUACCAGUACCCAUGGAUCAUCCUGAACACACUUGCCGUAUUCGUUCUUCUGGUUGCCAAGCUACCGAACAUGCACAAGGUCCGCAUCUUCGGAAUCAAUGCAGACUAGUAAGAGCUGUGUACAAAGGCAAUAACCUUGGUUGAUAUUACUGGAUCUCUAUAUUAUAUUUCUACUCGACCACGCUUUCGACUCUCAGUGAAGGUAGCAGCAAAUUCUUUAGCAGAUUUUUGCUGAUACCUGUACAGAAACAACUGUAAGAAAGCUAGAAUUUGGUAUUGUACUGGAACUUUUGUUUUCUGUUAAAACAAAAGGGCCUUUGUAUACUGCCUUUUGACACAUAAACCAGUUCAAGUUUGUUCUCUUGUAUUAAUUAAUCUUUUUCUUUGUAGUGAUAUCUAUACAGUCAGUAUUGUUAUGCUUA